AUGCAAACGAGUACUGUCCCAUUUGCUAAUUCGGCGGCCGAAGGCUUCCAAAAGAUCCUUAAACAAGAAGGUGCAAAUGGUUUCUACAAAGGCCUUACUCCUCUUUGGGCUAGACAAAUUCCCUACACUAUGAUGAAAUUCGCAAGUUUUGAGAGAACCGUCGAAUACAUUUAUAAAUCUCUCGGCAAACCCAAAGAACAAUACAACAAACUUGAACAACUUGGUGUAUCUUUCCUUGGUGGAUACAUUGCUGGUGUUUUUUGUGCGAUAGUCAGUCAUCCUGCUGAUACUUUGGUUUCUAAGCUUAAUAAUGUAACAAAAGCAGAAGGAGAGUCAACUCUUGCUUUAUCUAUCAAGCUUACUAAGGAGCUCGGAUUCACCGGAAUCUGGAGAGGUCUUGGUACUCGUGUUAUAAUGAUUGGUACUUUGACUGCUUUACAGUGGUUAAUUUAUGACUACGUUAAAGUGUAUGCUGGAUUACCAACGACUGGCUCGAGCGGCAGUAAAAAAUAA